AAGUUUUGAGAGAGAAUUAACAUUACAUCACAUUACAAUAUAUUCGUGUUUAAUUAGAUGCAACAGUUGUCAUGAUAAACUUACUUUGUUUCGCGUUUACUUUCCUUGCUACAGUGAACAGUCAAGGUGCAAAAUGCCCAAUAGACUUCAUGCAGUUUGGGGAGUCCUGCUAUCACAUUUUCGCCACGCCCAAACUAACAUGGUGGGAUGCAAUGUCAUUCUGUGGCAUGUACGGAUUUGGUGAAGGAACGCUUGCAACUGUAGAAUCAGCGGAGGAACAGUUGUUUCUGGAACGCGAGUUGAAAACCAAAUACCCACCUGGUAGCGGACAGGAGGACUUCUGGCUAGGGGCCUACGAUCUCGUCCACGAGGGAAGUUGGGUAUGGGUGAAAAAAAAUGAGUACGUACAAGGCGGUUACGAGCACUGGGGCCAAGGACAGCCAAGCGGGGGGACGGGGGAAAGUUGCCUUGGGCUGUAUGAUGGUUUGAACUACAUGUGGAACGAUGCACCCUGUGGGAGACCGGAGGGGUUCAUAUGUGAAGUGCCAUUCGAAGGACGGUCAUCAGAAGUCAUUGGAUAGUGACAUCAUUACUGAUGGCUUAAAUGAUAAAAAAAAUCCCUGUAUUAAUUUGUAACGAAAUACACACUGAGUUAAAAACG